AUGGAUGACUAUGAACACGGUGUGAAUGUCUCAGAGCGUGACUGGGAGUCCUUCUUCCACGUGUGCGAGGAGUGUGACCUACUCCCCCCCGGCCUGGCUGGACUGGACUCUGGCAUGAGUGACACCAGCGUAAGUGACAUUGAUAAUGCAGGGUCCUCUUCCUCAGACAGGAGGCUGCAAGCUGACCUCAGGCCAGGCGCUUUGCAGAUAGUUUUCCCCAUUGACGGUCCCACGGACCGCGAAAGGUCUCCUGUAGAACACUUCCUCAACAGGCAUGGCGUUGGUUGCUUGGAGAAUGUCCUAUCUGGCAGUGAGGAUGAGGAUGUGCACCUUGAAUCCAUCAAUAGGUUCUUUGAGAGGCUUAAAUGUCUCCCACAGGCUGAACAGCUUAUUGAACACUGCCAAGCAACAGUGGAAAUAAGGGACAAGGCGGCGCAGGGGGAGGUUUGUGGUGAUGGGCCACAAGCCAAAGAUAGUACUCUGCCAAUAAGCAACACAGAGUUCUGCUCCCUUUCUGCCAGGAGUGAGACAGCAAUUGUCAAAGAAACCAAAGGGACAGACAACACCAAUGCCCUCAAAACCAAUCGGCCUGACUCCAAGAUUACCCCUGAACUCCUAGUCAAUGACGCCUGUGAGGGCAAGAAAGACAAAUCAACAAAUCCCAAAGUAGAGUUGGUCAUCAAAGAGGAUUGGUUGUUGUUGCCAGAAAAUGAAGCAGAGAGGCAGAAAAAGGUGGGUCAAUCGUGUGAGUUAUUCAAAGUAGUGUUGGAAAUGAGGGCCGACUCAUUAAGGACACCCACCUCUGGGAAAAUGCUGAACUUUGAGUUAGCUGUAUGUAAAAGUGUGGAUGACGAGAGCCACAGGGAAAUCCUCAUAGAUCAACCGUUUCUUCAGAAAAGCUUUGCCUCAUGCCCUAACCCGAACAGGGAUUUACCUUCAAAUGUUGGAGUGGUGCCACGCUGUAAAGUAACAGAAGGGAAAGACCCAGGACAGCAGAGUGAAAGGAACAUAGAUGAGUCUAUCCCCACCAUAAAAAAAAAGAGAAGGAGAAAAAAACGAGUCAGUAUGGAUGUACCUGCGGAUGCCGGACGAGGGUGUCAAAGACAGUUCUUAGCCAGCUGUGAUGACUCAGAGGACGAUAGAUGUGCACUGGCUACAGACAUGGAUGCUCAUGUGCAGUUAUCAAGAGAUUACACUGCAUCUUAUGUGAGGGACUACAAAUGUGAGCACAUAAAAUGCUCAGCUCCCCAAACACAGAGUUUUCAGUGCCCACCCUUAUAUUCAGAAAUACUCCAAAGAAGAGCCAUAAACAAUGUGCCGUAUGGGCCAACUGCAGCAGAACAUGACAAAGUGAGUCUCAAAUUGCCAACCCUUUCUCUAAGAGACAGUCAACGUUUGAUGGUAACUCAGUUGGAAGAGAUGCGGCAAGAAAAAGCAGAACCUCUUGGCCUUGAAACUAAAUGCAAACCAUCCGAAUCUAGCUCUCUUGCAAACAGUAAAGAAACUGAUAGUUCAAGCUCUCAACAUAGUCAAACAGUUGACAACGGUUUGCACACAACCAGUGAUGGUGAUAAUGUGGCAGGACAUUUACAGCCUAGCAGGGCAUUACAAUUAAAGCCAUCGGUAGAAUAUAACGAAUCCCCUCUGUUGCCCAUUUUAAUGUCCCUCUGUGCUUCUAGUGAGUCAUAUCCAGUCACAAAGAAAGUUGAGCUUGGCCCAGAAAAUAGUUCCAGAUAUCAAAAUGAGACUGACCCUCCGCAACUGCAAACAAUGAAUGGAAAUAUGAAGAAUGCGGAGGUCUCAUCUGAGGUUUUCAAUAAAACAGAAUCAACAGAACAUAAAGCUGCACUUGAAAAGGACACUACACUCAUCUGUAAAGCCAGCAGUGGUGGUAGUAUUUCAGGCACAUUGCAACCGUAUGCUAAUCAAAACAUAGUCGUUAAGGUACACCAGGACAAAAACUUUGAGAGUUUAUCAUCAAAGGUGGUUAGCACUAAUGCACAUCAAGAACCUACCAAGACACUAUUACCUUGCAAAGUGUCUAGUUUUAAGGACCCCUGCUGUUCAGAAUCAGAGGAUGUAAUUAAUCAGACAACAUAUAACCAGACAGUUAAUCCGUCUGUAAUUGUGGAUUCAACUACUGAGAGGCCAGAAAUAGAGUCUCUUUCUACUGUUUCUUGUAACCCUGUAACUAUGGACUCUAAUCGGGAAGAAGAAAUGAAUGAUAUAUAUAAAAAUAAUUUUACUGAAAAGGAUUCAUUUACUCCAGAGAAUGUUUCAUUAACUCAAAGUGUUUAUUUGAAUAGAAUGUCUAAUUCCACUCAUUUGCAAACGGAUUCCAGAGAACUUGUUGGGGUUCAGUCUAUACAAGAAUCUGUGAUAGCACUGCCUAAUAAACAUAACACUAUAGGCUUAACAUCAAAGUUAUUUGAGGGGUCUGGUCCAUCUGAUAUUCAAACUGGAUUCAGUAGUCCAGAGACAGAAAAUUCCAUGAGCAAGGCAACUAGUCAGAGGGAAAUGUCCAAAUAUGAUAGCCAAAAUAAAUCACAUGACCCACCAGAAGUCAAAGUUGAUAUAGAGGUCAAAACAAAGGACCCAGUUACCACAACCAAAUCACCAGAGUGUGAUGGGAUUGAAGAAGCAUCUGACGAAACACAUCCUGUGUACGCCAUUUCAGCAUUUUGGAAUGAGAUGGAGAAGCUGACUAUUAACGAUAUUUUGCAACUGCGUAUGGUCAGCAAUGCCCAGCACUCCAGUGUCCUGCCCCAGUCACCAGAGAGUGAGACAGUUGACAUUUCAAAAGCAAUCUCCAAUAAUCCAAGUUACUUCUCUUACGUGGACAACUCCAAACCUGACUGCUCUAGUGGUGACAGAUCCAUGAUUACUGAAUUUGCAGAAGAAUUCUCACAAAAUCCAAAAGCUGAUAAUCCAAGCACUGAUCCUAUAGAAAACAAUGAGUCAACCAACUCUAUUGGUAUCUUUGGGGAAAGCAAGCCAGAUCCAGCUAGUUUCGAUGCUGGUAUAUACUCUGAAAAUGUAGCAAUGCUAAGUUCCAAACCACUCUCUUCAGGUGGUUCCCAACCAUAUUUAAGAAAAAUGUACAAAAACAUCAGUGUGCAGAACCUACUAGCUCUGGAAGCUGAACCACUUCAUCAAGUGUUGAAAGGUCAGACCUCAUCAGCUGUAAUAUUGGAGGAACGAGAACCGGAAAUAGACUCCUGUGGUGAUGGGCAUUUAGUGAGGCAAGACAGCAGCAUGCAUUCUUUACCUGCAGCUACUUUUUCUGAGGAUGUGUCAACAGAAAGCAAUAAUUUCUCUUUCUCUGAGGUAAUUAAGUUCUUUUUUGGAGGGAAAAAAUCUGAGACUAGACAACCAGUCCCAGAUAGCAUGGCCACCUACUUCGUCAACAGUAAAUCAGUCCCUGAGUAUGAACAUUUUUACUCAGAGUUUGAUGAAGGAGGCUUUUCCUACCCUGUUAUGGAAGCAUUUAGUUACAGCAAGGAUGAGCUGGUGCCCAUCUACAGCUGCAGCCAUUUGGCCAAAAAUAAUCUCCAGUUCCCAGAGGCCUAUGAUCAUUUCUUCUCAAGUGACUCAUCUUCAGACUCAGAUGAGGAAAAUAACCGCAGUCCAAUCAGGGUGAUCACACGAUUUAAUCAUAAGCCAAAUGAGACCCAAGGUGGCACAGUGGCACAGGACAUAUAUGAGAACGUUUUCACAGAUGAGGAUCUGAUUGAGAACUUUUUCUGGAAAAAUGAUUUCUCCCUACGUAAGGUCGGCCUCAUUGGCUCCACCAGCCAAAAGCAUAAAUCUGACUCUUUGUCAAUGGUUCCUAUGGACAACAGCAAGAGGUCAUACAUCAGAAAUAUUAAAUCCAUCAAUGUGUUGGGCUCCGAAGACAAGCCUUUUUCUGAUCAACUGCUGUACACCCUUGAGGGCAAGCUCUUCAGACAGCUGGCCGAACAGCAGAGGAGAUAUCCAGAUCUGCAGAUGGCUGUUGUUAAUCCUCGAUUAGAUGCCACCUUCCUUCCUCUCAGACAGUCAGACAUGUGUUUAGUCUGCAUUGCAUUCGCCUCCUGGGUGUUGAAGUCCACUAACCCAGAUUCUGGAGAUACCUGGAAAGCUGUUCUCCUGGCCAACAUAAGCGCACUGUCUGCCAUUCGUUACCUGCGGAGAAGGGACGCAACUGGUGAAAAGCCAUUACGCCAAACCCCCUCCGUCUGAUCCAGGGACAAUUUGGGAACAGGAACAAUGUGUUAAGCUAUAUUACUUCUAGCUUUCUUCUCUUUCUUCAUCUGAAUUGUGAAAUGAAAUACUGAACACAUCUGGGGUCCUACUUUAAAGAAAAAAUAAAAGAACUGGUUUUGCUGUGCCUGAAAGGUUUGCGCAAUGACUGAAGGGUUCAUGCCUAAAUCGUAGAAGAAGAAAUACUUUUUUGUGGUCCACUGUAUUGAAAUUGUUGUGAUUUAAAUUGCAUAUAGUAUUUUGAAUGGUAAUUAUAUGUAUGUAUGCCAUAUGAAAACAAUUAAUUUUAGGUUAGUUAAUGUCACUAGGCUAUCAACAAAUAUUUUGCAAGAUAAAUACAACCAACUAAUCAGGUAAUCCUUGUGGUGUUACGUAAUGGCAGCUGGAAGGUGGCAACCCUUUUGGAACACUUUAAAAUGACAAAAACAUGACAAAUAAAAACUGUUUCUGUUUUAAGUAAUAA